AAAUGGCUGCCAAAAUAUGACAGGAUGAAAUAGUACAUCAAAAUAAGUUCUAUUCUCUGAAUUUUUCAAAACUUACAUGUAAUCGGUGACAAAAAACAAUGAAGAACAUUAUAUUCAUUUAUAUGUUUAAAGACAAAAUGUCGUAUUUUAAAAAGAAUAACUGAAAAAUAAAAGAAAAAAUCCCCAAUUUUGGGGUUUGUUGUUUUUUCACCUACAUUUUGACUUACAAGUGUAUCGGACAUCAAAAACCGUGUUAAAGACAUGGGAUCAAGAGGAAUACCAGUUGAUAAGGUUAACUUACGACUUAUUCUUGUGAGCGGUAGAACAAAAGAAUUCCUGUUUACACACUCCAGUUCUGCAGCAGAUAUUACAGAUUAUGUGUACUGUAACUGGCCAGUAGAAUGGGGCGAGGAGAAGUUACCUGAAACAAACAUUCUACGGUUGAUAUAUCAAGGCCGGUUCCUUCAUGGGAAUGUUACAUUAGGAGCAUUACAACUGCCCCUCGGAAAGACUACAGUGAUGCAUUUAGUAGCACGGGAGAAUCUGCCAGAACCUAACAACCAGGGCCAGUUGAAAAAGGACAAAAGUGGAGAGGCCAGUUGUAGUCUAUGUUGUGUUCUUCUGUGAUGUCACAUGAUCAGUGUUGACCAAUGAGAUGUGUUGUUACAACAGUCACAUGGUCUGUGCUGUCCAAUGAAAAUGAACUCCAAAAAAGUUGUGAAUUUAAUUUGAAUUCAAGUCUGUGGUUUUAUCAUUACUUCUGGCAAGAAUCCUGAUUAUUGUUGUUAUCUUUUCAUCUUUUCAUCAUUAUACAUGUACAAGUUUCAUGACAAAAUGUCAGUUUCUUACCGAAGUCAGUUGCAAUGUUUCUCAUAUUUUUAAAAGCAGCAGUUCAUACGCUAUUUUCUAUUACAAACUAUUACCUCUGUAUCAAUGUAAAAUUGUUAAUAAUUCCAAAUUUUUAGCGGUAUUUUAAUCAGUUCUUUGCACUGGUGCCAAAAAGUUCAUGGUACAUGUACCGUACUCUCCUUGCUCGUGAACUUAAAAAAAGACGGGCAUUUUACUUUCUGUUAUUUUGUUAGUGUAAAAGUAAAACCCAAGGUGUGUUUUGUUUGAUGUGUGUGUGUGUGUUAUAUUUGCAAGAUUGCUUGUAACUCAAAUGAAAUACAGUCAAACCUCGUUGGCUCAAAUUGACUUGUUGUUGGCUCGAACUUGAUGCAAAUGACUUUAGAGUUCUUUAAUCUGAUGGUAAGAAUUUCCGCUUGGCCCAAACUUUUCCAGAUGAGUUUUCGCUGGUUCCUUUGAGUUUUAGCCAAUGGGGUUUGACUGUAUAAGUAUAUAUACAAUGUAAUAAAGAAAAAUUGUUUGUGUCUGUGUAAGAUUAUAUAUAUUUCACCUAGUUUACAUGAAAUUCUUUUUUCACUUCUGGUGUUCACAAGUGAAUUAUACAGCAAUCUUACACUGAAGGAAACAAUUUUCCGUUUGAUUUUAUGCCUUAAAAGGAUAUUAAAUGACACUUUAUUAAAGUUUUCAAAAUGUGCUGAAUUGUAUAAAAAUGCAACAUCAUUUGGAAAUGAUGUCAUUGAAAUUUUGUCCAAGCCCUCUCCGUGCUGACAUUUAUAAACAGUGAAAUAUUAUUUUUAUUUCACAGAUAAAUCUCGUAACCACCAGAAAGCAUAAAUAUGAUAAAAUUGUUUCCUUUUCUCAAUUUUAAAACUGCAAAGACUAAAUUUAGUUAAUAUGAAAAAGUAUCAUUUGUAAUGUUCAGAUUUUUCAAGGACUUGUUAAGAAGCCCUAGUUGUGCUAAGGGAAUAUAGGAUAAAUGAAGGGUAUUUUAUUUAUAAGUGUAUUAAUGAACUAAUUUAUGUCAGUGAAAAUUUUGGUUUACUGCUAAUAAUCCAGUUAUGAUUUUUAUGCCAGAUUUACUCAUUACAUUGAAUGAAACGUUUUGUAAAAGCCCUGAAAUGUAAGAAUAUACACAUGUAUAUAGUUGAUAUGAGCUGAUAUGUGCUAAAAUAUGUUACAUCCCAUUGUUAUAUCACAGUGUACAUGUUUUUCUGGGCUGCUGGAUAGCCUCAUUUUACAAUUUUCUUUAUGAUUUGGUACACAUGUCUGCUGUUCCGAGUGAAAAAUGUUGGAUAGAAUUUUUGAUUUGUCAGUAAUUGUCUAAAACUUAUGUACAUGUAGCUUUUCACCUUAUGGCAUAGCAUUUGUAUAACAUAUAGAAAAUAGCAUUACCAUCUGGCCUCUUUUGUAUCCUGUAAACAAUUUGUUUUCCUAUACAUGUAGUUAAGGAAAUUUGAUAUGGAUUUUAUCGAUGAGCUUUGAACUUUGCUAUCCCUGUACUUCUUAUUCCCAUAAAAAUAUGUUAUCAAUGUAUUACUUUAAUAGAUCUCAGGUAGUGUCUGAUUUAUUUACUAAUGGAAAAAUGUUACAGUGCAUAAGGAGGCAAUACUUUGGUGUUGGGUAUUCAGGAGCCUUUAAGGGAGUACUUAGGACCGAAGGGGGUGUCAUACAGUGCACAAGCAUUCAAAAUUUGGCAUUAUGUGAUUCACUGACCCUUAAAAAAUUAAUACUGUUUUUUCCACUGAAUGGUGUAAAACGGUGUAAUUGAGAUGCACAUGGGGAGGCGGAUUACACCCUCCAUGAUAAAAAAAAUUGUCUAACAUAAUCUUAACAUGAUCUUUAGACAAGCAGUGCUUGCAAGACUAUGUGUCUACUCAAUAAUUAUAUUAAACAUACACAUGCAGCAAUGCAGCUUUGUCAAAUUGAUACAGAGGGGAACUUCCUCAUAACUUAAACAUGUGACAUUUUCAGAGUUAAUUCAUAUUUUGAUGUAAAGCACUAUUUUGGGGUUAUUUAGCAAUCAGUUUGUUGAUUUUCCUUUGCAUGCACAGCUACUUUACUCCGCUAAGUAUGUAAGACACUGGGCAGAUUGUUCAGAACUUUGCUAAGUGAACAACAUGAUUUACGAAGCGUUGUUAACUUUUAAACUUAGACUUUUAAACUUAGAAUAUUUGAUAUAUUGUCCUCAUAAAGUAGUAAAGCUUAAAAGCUGUCUUAAAUCUUGUUAGAAAUACAGAGGAUCUCAAGUGUAUCCAUUUAACUUCCUGGGCAGUAAAUCUUUAAAAGUUAACAAUGAAGUUAACAACGCAAAGUUCUGAACAAUCAACACAAUAUAUAAAGGUCAUACACAACUAAAAAAUAUUAAUUCUUUAUACGAGUUAAAAAUAUACCUAAUAUUUAAAAUGAAAAUGUCAUUGUUUGGAACUGUUCUGUCCCCUGCUUUCAUAAAGGGCACACACCCACAAUUAGUGUUUAAUUGCGUAGAUACUUCAUCAUAUUGAAAUUGUCAUUGAUUGGAACCUUUUGGUCUGUUGCUAAAGGGCACACCCCUCAAUUAGUAUAGUUCAGUGUUUAAGUACACGGACACAUUAUCUUAUUGAAUUUUUUUUAGGAAUCUCAGCAAAAAAAUAGAAACGUUUUUUUCUACAAGUCCUAUUAUAUGACCAGAAUGUACUUGUUAAUAUCCAUAUAUCUCUUUAGUGGAUGAUUAUACUGUCAUUGACUGCCGCAUAAAGCCAUCCUAGUUUUAUAAUGGAUUAACUAGCUACUAUAUAUUGGAAAAAAUUCUCGUUAUAACAAACUGUCACACAUGUAUAGUACUGGUGCAAGAAAAACCAGACACAUGCUGUGUUAUGUAUAUAGAAUAUCUUCUAGUUGCCAUGGUGAUUUUCUUGAAAUACUUUGUUGUCUACAUAAAAUAUUCCGAUUUCAAUCCUGCAGACGCGGUCAUUAUUUUACGAGUGUUGAUGCGUUCAUUUAAAUAAUUAAUGAACAUCUGUACUAAAAUCUUGCAUUUUAUUAUUGAGGCAGACACGAUUUUCUCAUAGCCAUCCUCUUAUAAUUGCAAAAAAAUAAUAAUUUAUACUUCCCUUUUUGAACUCCAGCCUUCUAAUAUAUGACCAGGCGAGAAAUUAAAGAAUAGGAAAGUUUGUUUCUGAUUUUGGGUAUAUAAUUUUUAUUAUAAUUCAGGGCCAGACCCAGGAUUUGGCAUGGGGGGGGGGGCACAUUACAGAAUCAAAGUUGGAUAUGCCCACCCCUACCCGAAGAACAGAAAAAAUAUAGGCUUUUAAUGGGGUAUUCUGUAUUUUUGGAACAGUUUCCCAGGACAAUUUUGGGUAAAUUAGUUCUACAAUAAUUAAAUCAAAAGUGAACUGUAACAGUUUCUAUGCCUCUAAGCGGACACUUAUGAAGUGUAUAGACAAAGAAAAUAAAUUGUAAAUGCACUCUGUUUGUUUAAUUAGUUAUAAAGUAAGUGCAAGUAUAUCUGUAUGUGGUUUUCAAGAUGGUGUGAAUGUUCUGAAUAUAGACCUGAGUAUUCUAUUUAUUUAAUGUUUGAGUUGAAGUGUAUUUUUCUGAAUACAGACAACAUUUAAAGGGACUAGACACCAGAUGCGUCCAAAAUUCCAAAAUCGACAAGUACAGUAUUUCCUCAAAACAAGUCUAGAAUUAUCAAAA